AUGAAUAUGUGGGAAGUAAAAGCUGAAAAGCCAUCAUUUGUGCAGUCAUUAAGAUCUUUAAUUGUGGAAUCUGGUAAAUCAGCACAAUUUGUCUGCAGAAUUGAGUCUAAAACUGAAGCAAAAGUAAAUUGGUACAGAGAUAAAACAUUAAUCAAAGACUCAAAGGAGUAUAAAACAACAUUUACUGGAUCACUUGUAAAAUUAUUUAUUGAGAAAACUUCAAUUGAACAUUCUGGUAUGUAUACCUGUGAAGUUAUUAAUGAAUAUGGAAGAGAAGAAAGUUCAGCAGAACUUAUUGUAAGAGGUAGGUAUUCAGUCAGUUGAAUAUAAAUUUUAUUU